AUGGAGAACAUUCGAGCAAAGAUCAAGCGCCGUCUCAGCCACAAAGACAAAGAAGUCAACUUCGACGAGCAUGAUUCAGCCGACGAGGAAACCAUGGACUAUGUCACCAAAGAGGCCGAUGACGCAGAGAGAGAUGGACACGACGCCGGCAAGCCGGGGAGCUUCUUGAACCGACUGAUUCUGCAUGGCAACAAAAAGACCGAAGAUCAACUCGCUCGUGAAAUGGCAGCUUCUAACCCAUCGGCGGGCGCCGACAAACACAUUACUCAACAAUGA